CGUCACCUGCCCCCACAAGAAGACCAGCAGAGCAGUGGAGUAGACUGUGCAGAAGAAGAUAGCUUUUUUUCUUAUGCUUUUCUUUCCUCUGCCCUCCUCUUUUCUAACUUGCUAUCAUGGUGUGGUUCUGAGCUUUCUCAUCCUCACAUGUCUUUGUUGUUGUAAUUCUUUCUGAGAAAUUUAUAAAAUUCUUCUCUGUAUUCUUUUUGGUCAGUUGGGUGAGUGCUGUUUGAGUGAUAUGAGUGAGUUUGGACCCUUUUGUCACUUUUGAAUGCCUUCUUGCUUUUUUCUUCCCUGAUCUGAGGUUUAUGAUUUCAAACUUUUUAUUGAGCUUGAAGAGGAAGUGAGAGCUUUGGUAUUGGAGAAGAAGAUUACUAUUUCAUGAUGUGCUUGAUUUGGUGAUGAUUAUAAUGAUGGUUGUGGUAGUGGUGGUGAAGAAGAAGAAGGUGGGCCUUUUGACCAUAGAAAGAGAUCAGAUAAAGCAAGGAAAUGGGAGAAAAGAUAUCCCCUUUGGCAUUUGAUGGUCUUUGUUGCUUGCUUGUAAUUGUCAAUGAGAAGGUUUAGCCAAAGAGAGUAAAGGAAAGCAACAGUUAGAAAACUCUCCCUCCUCUCUUUUCCACACUUUCUCUCUCCAUCUUCUUUUCUUUAUCUCCUUUACUUUGCCACACGCUUCUUGCUGGGUGGAUGUGAUGGGACAGAUUGGUCUUCAAGUGGAAUUCUUGUUUUUUGGUGUCUUUGGAUUUUGAGGGUCUUUAACUCUUUCUUAUCCAAGCCAAGUGUAGUUUAUUUGGUUUUCUUCUUGAUUUGCAAAAGGGGUUCUAAAAAUGCCUAUGUACCAGCCAACUGGUAGGAGAAGAGUUGGGGAUAUGAAGUUUGAUGUGGGUAGUGGUGGCCAAGUUCUAGAUCUGGACACUGCAGUGAAAGAUGGGAUUUUGGGUGGUGGAGAUGGGUUAAUUUGUGGUGGUGGUGUUGGUGUUGUGGCUGAAAAGUUGGAUCUGAAGAAGAUGAUUGAGGAGCUUGAGUCCAUUGAGAUUCCUUCAGUCUUCAUUUGCCCAAUCUCAUUGGAGCCAAUGCAAGACCCUGUAACCCUUUGCACGGGUCAGACUUACGAGAGAUCAAACAUUCUCAAAUGGUUCUCUUUGGGCCACUAUACUUGUCCCACAACAAUGCAAGAGCUCUGGGAUGAUUCAGUCACACCGAACAAGACCCUUCAGCAGCUGAUUUGCAGUUGGUUUUCACAGAAGUACUUGGCCAUGAAGAAGAGGUCAGAGGAUGUGCAAGGAAGGGUUUUGGAGAUUCUGGAGACACUGAAGAAGGUUAAGGGCCAAGCCAGAGUUCAAGCUCUCAAGGAGCUCAGACAGGUAGUGACUGCUCAUGCAUCAGCUAAGAACACAGUGGUGGACAAUGGAGGUGUUGCUUUGAUUACUUCUCUGUUGGGUCCUUUCACUUCACACGCUGUUGGGUCAGAAGCAAUUGGGACACUAGUGAAUUUGGACCUCAGUUCAGAAGCCAAUACAAUUCUGAUGCAACCGGCAAAGAUAUCGUUAAUGGUUGAUAUGUUGAAUGAGGGAUCCAUUGAGACCAAGAUCAAUUGUACGAAAUUGAUUGAAGUUUUGAUGGAGGGCAAGGAUUUGGAGUCAGAAAACGUCUCAAGCUUGAGUCUUGUGGUUGGAUUGUUGAGGUUAGUGAAGGAUAAAAGACACUGUAAUGGUGUUUUGCCUGGUCUCAGUCUGCUGAAGACAAUUUGUUCGCAUGAGUCAGUCAGGAACUCGGUUGUGAGCGUCGGGGCAGUUCCUCAAUUGAUUGAGCUCUUACCCAAUUUGAAUCAUGAGUGUUUGGAGUUAGCCCUUCAUAUCCUAGAAGUUUUGUCAACGCUUCCUGAGGGAAGGCAGGCUUUGAAAGAUUGUCCUAAGACAAUCCCCUGUGUGGUUAGGCUAUUGAUGAAGGUUUCAGAGAGCUGCACUCAGCUUGCAUUGUCAAUCUUGUGGGCGGUUUGCAAGCUCGCCCCGGACGAAUGCGCUUCGCUUGCUGUGGAGGCAGGUUUGGCAGCCAAGCUGCUUCUUGUAAUUCAGAGUGGUUGCAAUCUUGUAUUGAAGCAAAGGGCUGCAGAGCUCUUGAAGUUGUGUAGUCUAAAUUACACUGCCACAAUAUUCAUUUCCAAGUGUAAGCUUACUAGAACAAUACAAUGAAGAGAAAGAAAAAAAGGUACUUUGUUGAUAUACAUUCUCUCAAUUUUUCAUUGUCCCAAUGGAUAAAGGAGCCAAAGAGCUUGUGGGAUCCAAGAAAAUUCAAGACAAAAGUCACUUGUGGUGUUACUGGGGUACCUUUCUUUAUUGUGUAUACUAAAAAUCUUUGAUGGGAUCAAUUGUUUCCACCACCAGAAGCAUCAUAAUGUGGAUCAAUUUGGGCACUGUAUCAAAAUUUUCAUACCUACAAUUCCACUGUCUAUAAGCUUUGCCUUUUUGCCAAGAAGCCUCAACAAUUUUCAAGCCAAAUUAAGUUCUUUUUGUUUGUUGUCUUGUCAACAAUGGUUACAGAUAGGUUGCUUGUUUCUUCAUGUCCGAACAAGAGAGUGGCUUUUAUCAUGUAUCUGUAAAGGAGUUGAGUGAAGGGAAAACUUUACUGUAAUUGUAGUUGAUGUUGCUUGGCUUAUGCAGCCCCAUUGAUUCUCAGUCAUAUUUCCCUCUUGUAAAGAUCUAGGCAGAUUUGGAUUUUGCGGGGUUCAUUCAUAGAGCCUGUUGGGCAGAUAAAGUCAUGUACAAUGAGCAUUGAACACUAAAUUUUUAAUUUUUACA